CGUACCUACUUAUCUAAAGUUUUUCAUUAGUAGUUACCCCAUUCCAUCAGUAAUAAUAAUAAUUAAUGGUUUAUCUGUGACAAGUAUUUUCAAACGUGUUGAAUUUUCAGACGUUUUCUUCAAAUAUUUCGACUUUUCUUUUUUGUGACCGUUUCAUCAAGUAUGUCUGCGCCAGCGGUAGACAGUGACUCAGAGUCAGAUUCUGAUUUAGAGGGAUAUAAAGACAUCGCUGGCAAUUUUUUCUCGAUGGUCAACCAAUUGAAAGAAAAAGGCAGUCACUUAGAAGCCACCCCUAAAAAGAGGAAAAUACCUUCUCCUGAGAAGAAGAACAAAGAACCUGAAGACCUGAAUGAGUCAAUUAAUCUGGAUACUGAUGACACUAACUCAUCCGAGCCAAAUCUAGAAAGUACCAACAGGAUAGAGUCCAACAUAGAUGAUUCCGCCGCCAAUCUAUCCACAUCAGUUGUAGAAGAUUCCCCGAUUUUCAUUGAGGAUGAUGAAGAUGAUGAAGAUGAGGUUGAUGAGGUGGAUUUGAACACUCGGCUCAGCCGACUUCGUCCAAGGAGUGGAGGACGAGUCCUUCCCUCUCGAGGAAGGAAGAAAACAAAAAAAACUAAAACGAAGCAAUCCCCAAAUAAGAAAAAGAAAAUUAUUGAGUAUGAUUUUAGUUUACUUGAAGAUAAUGACGAUAGUUUGAAUCUGUCUCAUGAAAAAGACACUCAAGAAGAUGCAAAUCCUAGCAUUGAAGUAAAAGUUUAUUGGAGGUUCAAGAAAUUAGAUAAAGUACCUGUCAGAAAGUUCCAGAAAAUUGCUGUCAUUUUUGAACAUUUUGCCAAGGAGGAAAAUGUACCAGAAUCUAGAAUACAGUUGUGUCUUGAUCAAAAAAUUUUGAAACCAGAUGAUACUCCAGAUAGCUUGAAUCUAAAAAUCUCUGAUAUUCUAGAUGGAGGCAUACUAAACGAAGAGACCUCAGAUGUUCCCGUCACUAAUGGCUCCAAUCCAGCUCCUGUCUUCCAUGAGGAAUCUGCUGACUCAAUUCCAAUAAAAAUAAUCCGGAAAGACAUUCGAGAGCCUCUCAUCAUUAAAAUAAAGAAAACGGAUAAAAUGAUGAUUCUCAUCGUGAAAGUGGGCGAAGAACUAAAUUUGAAGCAGGGAGAGUUCAAACUCUUCUUCGAUGGAGAGGCUGUAGAUCCUGAGGAUUCGCCAGACAGUCUAGAUUUGGAAGGAAACGAGUGUUUUGACUUGAAAAUUAAAUCAUGACUUAAUUCUCAAGUCAAACAUUCAAUUUCUUUGUCAUCAGUCUUCCUCGUUUAGAUUCUCAAAUAUUUUAUCGUCAAUCCUGCCUCAAUAAUCUGAAAUACAUGUUACCCAGAUUUCUGAUUGAAGAAUCCAAAUACAAGGUCUGAAUAGGAUCAUUCAACGCCAUGAUCUUUUUACGAAAAUACAUCUGUACCUAAUAUGUUGAUCAAGAUAGUAGAUUUAAAAGUGUUAUUUGAAGUCAGAAGUUGAUAGCUGCAUCACAUACCAUCAUUUGUCAUGUUGAUUUCUGAGCUUUUGGCUUGCUUGCAUUGUUUUGUAGGUACAUGAAAGUUUUAUGAGAUGAGGCUGAAAGUAGGCUAAUAUUAAGACUUAUUUAUCCGCUAAUGAUUAUCUAUCUUCCCCACCUCCUCUUGGUACACUGGAAAUGGAUUCCGACAAGGAAAUCAAAUGUACUAAAAUUCGACAUUGAUUUGAAUAUCAUGUUUGAAAGAUAAAUUUUCAUUACUUUUCUUGUAAUUUUCAGGCAGCAGUACUGUAUUUUUUGCCUAAAAUAUUGCAUCAUUAGAGGAAAUCUCUGCCCUCUAACAAUGCUUAAGUAUAUUGCCUACCUCAGCCAUAAACUUUAUAAAUACAUAGAAACACCAUUGUGUUAUAUCUGGCAGCAUUGUUUUUAUUUGUUGAUAUUUUAAGUUUUUGUGAAUUUUCUCAGGAACAAAGACCAAACUCCAAGUCUACUGCUACAAAAUGUGCCCGAUACUUUUGCAACGCUUUACUCAUUUCUGUUGCAGUUAACUUUUUAAUAGUGAGCAUUUAUUUAGUCGAAUAUUCAAUCAAUUUUUCUUGUAUCAAAUUAAUUUUGCGGAUGAUUUUGGCGAAUAUGUCUUCCUAUUUUGCUGAUAAAUAAAAAUCUUAAGAUGAGACAUUGAAAAAUGCAUUCUAUUUUGUUUGUUUGAAAUUAAAUUUUCUGAAAAAUUUAAUAUCGGUAAUAAGAUAAAGUGGAUUACUGUUUUUGUAAGAACGCCUUUGUUUUGAAAAAUAAUCUGAAAGUAUUAAAUCAAAAGUCUGUGAAAGAUCAGCCGAUUUUAAUACUUGUAGCCUUCUUCAAUUUCAAUUUCUUUUUAAUUCUUUUUUCUUCCUUUUUGUUUUUGUUUAAAAUGUAAGCUUGAAAUCUAGUUCAACUGUUGAGGAUGUGAUUUGGUAGGGGAAUCAGUACUGCAAAAUGAGUGUCACUUGUCAGAAGUAUGAGACAACUUUCAAUGUGGAAUAGAAAUUUAAAUCAACUACUUGCCUCGCAUCCUUGAAUACAGUUUAAGUCUAGUGCUCUUUUUAUGUUCUAGAUGUAUGAUUUCAUUAUUACCAAACCAAUUUUCUUUUCAUAGGUAUGUCUGAUCCUGUAAAAAAUGGAAAUGUGUUCUAAGAAGAAAGAAAAUAUGUACUCAAAAUGGGAAAACGUCUUUAUAAAUACAACGAUGGGUCACUAGACAGGGUUUGAGUUAAAGCACUUCGUAAUGUGUUUUCUUUUCAAAGUUUCACGAGGCAAACGAAUCACAAAUCGGAAGGUCUAGAAAUUAAUUUGUUAUCAAGAUAUAGGUGUUUACAAUUAACACUAACUAAAUGGCAUUAAUACAAAUGACGUUACUUGUAUAAUCUAACUGCCAUUUGAUCUGUGUUAAAAACACUUGCUUAUAUCUUGCUUAAAUGUUGGUUCCAGAACUUCCAGUUAUGUGAAUCGUAUUCUACUUAAGAUUUUAAAGAGAAAACUUGUGACGUUUUUCUUUAGUCCAGACCUUGUCUAGUCACUCAUUAUCAAAGCCCUGUACUUAGAGAUUGUCAUUUGUUUUUUCUGAAAUAAUUGACCAGAUGCCUGAAAUUCAACAUCAAUCAUGUCAGCUUUAGAAUCUCUCUUAACGCGAGUGUUUAAAUUCAGCAUCUUGACAACAUCUAAGCACUCAGUGAUCGUAAUUCUAUUUGUUGUUCUGAUCUCAUAUUACAGUGUGGCCAAUUUUGGGUCGAGCGUUUUUUUGUUCAUCUGGAAAUUCCUUCUCUCAGCACCUUUAUCAUAAAUUUUGAGUACCAACUUAUUCUGUCAUUGACAUUGUGAUAUCAAGUAAAAACGCUAUAUAUUCUUUAAGUCCAGAAAAUAUACAUAUUAUUGUUUUAAGUAAUCUUAAA